AUGUCUAACGCAGCAACAGAUUCCCUCUCCCCACCGCGCCAUCGACAUAGAACCAAGCGAGAGGUUAUCCCACGCCGCCACACCACACCCUCCUACUCCCCUUACUACAACCGCAUAAUCCGACUCGAAGGCCAAAUCACAUCCAUCAUCUCCAUCCUAAAAUUCUACCUUCGGUACGCAGACUUCCCCACAGACACCUCGCUUUCCGCGCUACGUCUCCAUCCAUUACCUGUAUACUUCGACAUGAUGCAAGAGCUCAUCAGCCACAUCGAAUGCGGAUUAGAUUACAACGGCGCAUUCAACGCCGGCGACCUGAUAUAUCUAGCGCAAGAAUGGUAUUUCCCGCAUGUGAAACGGGGAGUGGAGGCAGACGAAGAGGUGGAAGUAGCACCCCAACCGCACUGGCCUAAAAUCCUGUUUCUGGCACAGCUUCAAAGUAUCCUCGAAGACGCAACGCUCAGUCUGGCUCAGAGUCUGAAGGCUGGUUGGAAGUGGUUUAUGGAUCUUGAUGUUUUCCCAUCGCUACCUGGAGGAAUGAGGGAGUGGGCUUUGGGGUGGCAUGAAUUGCCGUCUGCGAAGCAGAAGGAAUUUCUCCGGCUUUUCGAUGUAAAUGCUCAGGUUCUAAGUGGCACGAUGGACGCAGUGGGUACCAUGUCUUUGCGCGGUCCGUUAACCUUAGACCGCGAGCAACACAAGACCGUCCACUCGACGCUGUCGUUCCGUUGA